AUGAAUUUAUUGAAGUUUCUUUAUGGAGAACCCUCUAAAUAAGAAGUGAAUUAGUAAUUAUAGAAACAUAUAAUUUACUCAAAUGAUGAUGAAUAUUAAGGUGAGAUUAUGAAUGAUAAACGUCAUGGAAAAGGAACCUAUAAAUUUGCAUCAGGAAAUCGUUAUGAAGGAUAAUGGAAGAAUCAUCAAAAGCAUGGAAAAGGUAAGUUGUACUAUAAGAAUGGGGAACUCUACAUUGGAGAUUGGGUUGAGAAUAAGAAAUGUGGAGAAGGAAUGCAUUUUUAUAUAAAUGGGGAUAGAUAUGUUGGAGAAUGGAAAGAUGAUUAAAGAGAUGGAGCAGGAACUUUAUAUUAAGCUGAUUAAAAUAUAUUCCAUGGUAUUAGAAGAUAGAUUAUGCAGGAUAGUUUAGAAUGAAUAAAAAGUAUGGAACUGGCUAUUACUUUAACACUCGUGAGAAGAAAUAUUAAAAAUAGCAUCAUGACUCUGACAAUAUCUUAGAUAGUGUUUAGAUUGAAGAGGUUCCAACAUUUGUACUUGAAAAAUUCCAUAUCAAACCUGAAAGAAAUCAUAUUGAGAGUGAGAAGAGUGAGGAUUGUGCCAUUAAAAUUGAAGCUAGUCCUACAAUAUAGAAUGAUAGUGAUAAAUAAAAAGAUCUAUAACCUAGUGGAUAAAGUGGUUAAGGGGAAUCUGAUCCUUAAUUAAAAGAAGAAGGUAAAUCUUAGUUAAAUUCUCUUGGGACUUCAUAAUAGCAUGGAUUUUUGAGUUUAUAAGUAUUGGAGAAAUUGGAAGAAUUUGAAAGUUAAAAAAAUAGUAAAAUUAUUGAAAUAUAUUAAAAAUAUAGUGUAGGAAUGGUAAUUAGAAGAAGUAUGUACUUGGUUAGAUUCAUUACAAUUAAGUGAAUAUAAAGAUGAAUUUAUUAAAAAUUAAAUGACAGGCAAAACUCUCUAUGCUUUAACUGAUAAUGAUUUAAAAUAAGAUUUGGGAAUAUUAGUAUUGGGACAUCGAAAAUAGAUUUUGUAGUCCAUAGAAGAAUAUAAGAAAUAUUAUGUAAAAUUUAUGGGAGGAAGAAUCCUAUUAAAAAAGCCUUUAGAAUCUUUAGAAGAUAGAAAAGGACUUUACAAUUCAAUUGAGUAAUUGAGAUUUAAGAGUAUCUUUUCUUAUAUGGAGAAGAUUGAAGAGGAACAAAAUGAACAUCAUGAUAAUAAUAUAAGUGAAUCAAGUAGUGAUUCACCAAGUGUCAAUAAAAGAAAGAAAACUAAUAAAGAUAUUCCAAAAUCACCUACAAGAUCUUUGUCAAAUGAUUCAGAUUAAGGAAAUUUGAGUGAUAAUAAUAUAUCAUUAAAAUUGAAAAGAUAAAAAAGUAAAAAAAGUAAAAAGUAAUAGAGAAAAUAAACAAUGGAUGUGUAGAAUUCUGGAGAAUCUGCAGAUGAUGAAGAUGGCAAAUAACAUCAAACUUCACUUGUUUGUAUAUAAUAUAUUAUUAUAUAUUUAGAAUCUCCUAAUAAAGCUAGCAUCAAUAUUAGUGAUUAAAAGAUUGAGAUUCUUGUAUUAAAUGAAUGUUAGAAUAUUGGAGAAGAGAAUAAGGAGAAGGAUAGUAAUGCUAUGAAUGAAUUAUAAAAACAAUAAUCAACAAAUAAACAAUAAGAAAUAUAAGAAAUCAUAUCAUCUAAAAUUCCACAAUAGAUUAAUAAUAAUAAUGAAGAAAAUUUUAAUUAAUUUGAAAGAUUACAAUCUAUUAGUUUAUAAUUGCAACGAUAAAAAUCUGAAAUUAAUGGUAGCAAAUUUUAGGAUUAAGAUACAUCAAGUUAAGAAUCUGAUGUAUCUGGAAAUGAUUCAAGUUCAGAAUCAUCAGAUGAAGAUAAAUACAAAAAUCAAAAGAAAUCUAGAAGAUUAAGAGAAAUUAAUAAGAAAGAAAAAGAAAAGGAUGAUAGAUAAUAACAUCAUUUACCUAAAAAAUUACUUGUAAUGUUAAAAGAAUUUGGAAUUAAUGAAAGAGUAUUAAUAGUAUUUCAUGAAUUAAUUAUUGGAUAAAUAAUUGGUGAAGGAGGUUAUGGUGUUGUGCAUAAAGGUAAAUGGCUUGGUUAAGAUGUUGCAAUCAAAUCUUAUGGAAAAAGAAAAUCUUAAGGAAAUUUGAAAUAUAAGUUAUAAAUGGCUGAUUUCUUGAAAGAAGUAGAAGUUAUUUCAAAUCUACGACAUCCUAAUAUAGUUUUGUAUAUGGGAGUUUGUAUAAGAAAAUAAAAUUAUUAUUUGAUUACUGAAUAUUUAGAAGAAGGGAGUCUGUUUGAUCAUCUUCAUAAAAAGAAGACACAUAUAGAUUAAAAAGCAUUAAUGUAAAUAGUGGAAGACAUUGCAUUAGGAAUGAAUUAUCUUCAUGGUAGAAAAGUAAUGCAUUGUGAUCUGAAAUCAUCCAAUGUUCUUAUAGAUUAAAAUUGGAAUGUUAAAUUAUGUGAUUUUGGUUUAUCAAGAAUUAAUAAGAAAAUAGAUCAUAAAGUAAACAAAGGAGCUAGAAUAGGUACUCCUAAUUGGAUGGCUCCAGAAAUUAUGAGAGGAGAACCAUAUUAAGAAAAGUCUGAUAUUUAUAGUUUUGGGAUGAUACUCUGGGAAAUUAUAACUUAAUAAAUACCAUAUGAAGGAUUAUCACAAACUUAAAUUAUUGGGUCUGUAGGAUAUGGACAGGAUUAAGUUACUAUUCCUUCUUAGAGCAAUCCUCCAAUCCUACUUUAAAUAGCCAAAAAAUGUUUAAUAAAGAAUCCUGAUGAGAGACCUACUUUUGCUGAUAUUGUAAAUGAUAUUCAAAUGGGAUAAAAAACUGAUGCAAAACUAAAAAGUAAUUUCUAAUAUUUAUUUUAUUUAGAAUAAGCUAUAUAAUAACUUAUUGAUUUUUUUGGAUGA